GAGAACAUAGGAGUUGGAAAUCCUGAUCUCUUUGAAGGAGACAUGACCCUUACGGCUGAACAAAGGGCUGCUGCAAUGGCUGGACAAGACGUGGACGCGCCAGCUAGCCGUGGCGCCAUCAGAAGGGGCUUGUGGCCAGGCGGAGUUUUGGUGUACGAAAUUGAUAGCAGUUUUCGUGAGUUUAUCGAAGUUUUCAAAUUAUUUGAUUAAUAGUAAACUGCAGGGAAUCCCAGAUUCAAGAAGGAAUGAUUGUUUUGCUUUUAUCAUGUCCACAUCUCUGAGUUAUCCUCUAUCAAAUCACUGUUUUUCCAUCUUUUCGAAUCUCAUAAAUCAGAGAAAUCUAACAUUCUGAGCUUAUAUGACAAGUGCUCAGUUAAAAAGCAAACUUAUUCAACCACUGAACAAUGUUUGAAUUGUGUGGCAGGUGCUACAGGCGUGUUAAGAAAGGUGCAUGUGAGCGUAGAACUUGAAGCGCUCAGAGAAGAGUACCCACGCCUGCUUUAAUCUUAUAACUCGCGUCAAUUAUUCAGGUAAUUCUUGUAAAAUAAAUAGUUUCGAAAAAUUAUUCUGUAAUGCGUAAAUCUACAUAAAAUAUGGCCAUAAUCAGCGAUGAGAGCUGUUACAUUAUUUCCAUUUAUCCACAGGCCGGAGUUCGAGUGCAAUGAACGCUAUUCGGAGUGGAAUGAAGAUGUGGUCUGAUAACACGUGUAUCACAUUUAGGGAGAGA